AUGGGGAAACUAAUUCGUCUUGAGCUUUUCAAUUUCAAGUCCUACAAGGGACACCACACCCUCCUCUUCGGCGAUUCCUAUUUCACAUCCAUCAUCGGACCCAAUGGAUCGGGAAAGUCAAACUCCAUGGACGCGAUUUCGUUCGUCCUCGGAAUCAAAUCGUCCCAACUCCGGUCAUCACACCUGAAAGAACUUGUCUACCGCGGCCGGGUAAUGAAAACCAGCAAGAUCAAUGAUGAUGGAUCUGUUGUUGAGCCAGCCACAAACGGGACCACAAACGGACACGCGAACGAUGAUGAGGACACAUCGCAGAGAGGCUCCCGCAAUGAUCCCAAGACUGCCUGGGUCAUGGCCGUCUACGAGGACGACGCAGGCGAUGAGCAAAAGUGGAAGCGUACCAUCUCGCCCCAAGGAACUAGUACAUAUCACAUCAACGAUCGUAGCGUCACGGCGCAGCAAUACAACGAGGCUUUGGAGGCCGAAAAUAUCCUUAUCAAGGCACGCAACUUUUUGGUCUUCCAGGGAGACGUUGAGGCGAUUGCGUCGCAAUCCGCGCAAGACCUGACACGCCUGAUCGAACAAAUUUCGGGAAGCUUGGAGUACAAGGCAGAAUAUGAUAAACUCCAGGCAGAUGCGGAGCAAGCCACAGAGAAUCAGAACUUCCAGCUCCACAGGCGACGCGGCAUCAACUCCGAGAUCAAGCAAUACCAGGAACAAAAGAAGGAGGCCGAGAGUUUUCAGAAGAAGACAGAGGAGCGAGACGAAGCCAUUGUAACACACAUCCUCUGGAAGCUGUACAACUUCCAGAAGGUCAUGGACGAGUCCAGCGCGCAGAUACAGGAGCAUCAACAGAACCUGAUUGAGUUCCGUAGGAACGUUGAGGCUUUCGAGAAGAAGCUCGAGGCAGCCCGGAAGGAAUAUAUGACGGUGGGCAGAGAAGUGGGCAAGAUCGAGAAGAACAUCCGUGCGAAGGAAAGAGAGAUCGAGGAGAGAGAGAACGGCCUCGUCCCAAUUAACGAGAAAGUGGCUCAAAGCACCAGUGACAUCGAAAGAUUGAAGAAGCGCGCCGAAGCCGUGAGAAAGGAGCGAGACGACCAAUCUAAAGCCAUCCAAAAAGCCAAAAAGGACUUGGCGACCGUUGAGAAAGCCCAGCAGGAGUUCGAGAAGCAAUGGCAGGAGACCAUCAAGAAGCAAGGCAAGCAACUCACGGACGCGGAUCGCAGAGAGUACAACCUUCUGCGGGCGCAAGUCAUGGCAAAAUCAUCACAAAAUCAAGCCCAGCUUGACAGUCUCAUUCGCCAACUGAAAGGUGACGAAGUCACGGUCAAUAGUCUCAAGGGCAAAGUCGACACUUUCCAAGCCACAGUAGAAAAACUCAACGGCGAGCUUGAGACUAUCCGAGAACGCAAGGAAACGACCCAGGAACUGGUACGGCAGAUCUCGACUGAGUUGGAAGACAACAAAAAGGAGCACAACAAUCUGGUUUCUGAGAGAGUCAGGAUCAACAACUCUAAGACUGAGUUGGACGAAAAGAUGCACGAUCUCGGCAGGAAGAUUGAAGAAGCUGAAGGCGGCAAAGCGGAGAGCGACCGAGAGAAGCGGACCAAGGAAAUGGUCCAGAGCCUCAAGCGCAUGAAUUCAGGAGUGCGUGGAAGAAUUGGCGAUCUCUGCAAGCCCAAGCAGAAGAAAUUUGAUGAAGCUGUCAUCACUGCACUUGGUCGCGACUUCGAUUCUGUUGUUGUAGACACAGAGAAGGUCGGUCUCGAUUGCGUUCAGUAUCUGAAGCAACAGCGCUACCCUCCCAUGACCUUUAUCCCCUUGGACAACAUCAAGACAAACGCCCCCAACUCAGCUGUCAAAGGCAUACCCGGAGCGAGACUCACAAUCGAGACGAUUGAUUUCGACCAAUCACUCGAACGUGCCAUGACGUACGCCUGUGGGAGCUCCAUUGUGUGCGACACUCUGGAGAUCGCCAAGGAGGUCUGCUAUAAGAGACGGAUCCCCGUGAAAGCUGUGACUCUGGAGGGCUAUGUCAUUCACAAGGCCGGUCUCAUGACCGGCGGUCGCCUGCCAGAGCGCAAGGGCGGAAAGCGACAAUUUCAAGAGCAUGACGUCCAGAAUCUGCGGAAGCAGCUCGAAAAGUACCGCGAGACGUAUUUCUCACUACCACGGCCGGACAGAACAAAAGAAGAGACCCUCAGGCAAAGCCUCACAAGUCUUGAGCAGCGGCUCAAGGUAGCCCGUGGCGAGCUCCAGGCCUUUGAAAGAAAUGAAGCGAGCAAGAAGAAGGAAUUGCAACAUGAGGAGAGACAACUCGAUGAAUGGGAACCGAAAUACGAGGAUAAGAACGGCGAACUUGAAGCAACGCGCAAGGCAGUCGCUAAGUUCGAAACCGCCAUUGCAGCAGUGCAAGACAAGAUAUUCGCCGACUUCUGCAGGAGACUCGGGUACGCAGACAUCCGCACAUACGAAGCACUGCAAGGCAGCCUGGAACAAGAAGCGUCUAAGAAGCGAAACGGGUUCGAGGUGCAGAAGCAGAAGCUCAAGAGCAUGUUGACAUUGGAGACGUCUCGCCAUGAUGAGACCCAACGACGCCUGCAGCAGAUCAAGUCAAAUCUCGAGCGGCUGGAGGCCGACAUCGAAGCGUACGAACGGGAAAAAGCAGCCAUCGAAGAGACAUUAGGCGCACACCAGGAUGAGCUGGAAGCGCUCAAAGAGAGCCUCGACGAAGUCAAAGAGAAGCAAAACAGGAAGGCGGACAAGGUCAAUGAGGCCAAACAAGAAGUACAAAAACGCAGCAGGGACAUCGAGGCCCGGCUCAAGGCAAUAAGCGCACUAGAGGCUGAGAUCCAGAAGAACAGCUCUAGCAAGUUCGCGCUUCUCAGACGCUGUAAGCUGGAGCAAGUACAGAUACCAUUGGCAGAGGGCUCGCUUGACGACUUGCCGAACGAGGAUAACCUUUUGCGUCAAGAUCCGGAUGCUAUGGAUAUUGAUGAAGGGGACGAAGCUGAUAUGGAAGCUGCCUUGGAUGACUAUGGCGUCGAAGUCGACUUCGACAGCUUGGACGACGAGCUCAAGGUUACGGACGAGGAUGUAGAGGACAAGCUCCAAGAGAAGAUCAACUCUCUGACGGCCGAGCUCGAGAAACUCAACCCGAACAUGCGUGCUAUUGAGCGCCUGGAAAGCGUCGAAAACCGUCUCAAAGCGACCGAACAAGACUUCGAGAACUCGCGCACUGCUCUCAAAGAAGCCCGCGACGCCUUCAACACCGUCAAGGCGAAGCGAUUCGAGCUCUUCAACAAGGCUUUUGAGCACAUCAAGGAGCAGAUCGUCGUGGUGUACAAGGAUCUCACCCGAUCAGAGGCGUUCCCUAUCGGCGGCCACGCGUAUCUUGAUAUCGAGGACGACACUGACACACCGUACUUGUCGGGAAUCAAAUACCAUGCUAUGCCACCACUGAAGCGGUUCCGAGACAUGGAACACCUUUCUGGUGGCGAGAAGACCAUUGCAGCUUUGGCGCUUCUUUUCGCCGUCCACAGCUACCAGCCCAGUCCAUUCUUUGUGCUGGAUGAGGUUGAUGCUGCACUGGACAAUGCGAACGUAGAGAAGAUCAAGAAGUACAUUCGGGAGCAUGCUGGUCCGGGCAUGCAAUUCAUUGUCAUUUCGCUCAAGACAGGCUUGUUCCAGGACAGCGAGAGCCUCAUUGGAGUGUACCGAGACCAGGAGGUCAACAGCUCCAAAACUUUGACCCUGGAUCUUCGAAAAUAUGCUUAG